UUAGCCCAUCAGUUGGGGAAAUGUUGGCCAACACCUCCAAUGCCACUAUCCCCAUGUGUCCUGACUACCGCUUUAACCAUCGCCUAUAUCUGGUGGGCUAUAGUCUGGUGCUUGUCGCCGGUCUACCCCUCAAUGCCUUGGCACUAUGGAUUUUCCUCCGAGUCCUACAAGUCCACUCAGUGGUCAGUGUCUACAUGUGUAACCUGGCAGCUAGUGACCUGCUUUUUACCCUCUCUUUGCCCCUACGUCUAUCCUACUAUGCCCUUCACUACUGGCCCUUCCCAGCCCUGCUGUGCCAGACGGCAGGGGCUGCCUUCCAGAUGAAUAUGUAUGGCAGCUGCAUUUUCUUGGCCCUCAUCAAUAUGGACCGCUAUAUUGCAAUCGUCCACCCACUGCGGCUCCGCCACCUACGCCGGCCUAUGGUGGCAAGAUUACUCUGCCUGGGUGUCUGGGCCUUGAUCCUGGUAUGCGCUGUGCCUGCUGUUCGGGUCCAUGCCCCCUCACCCUGCUAUUAUAAGAACACCACUGUCUACCUGUGCUUUGAGAGCUUCAGUGAGAACUUGUGGCAGGGCAAGCUGCUGCCCUUGGUACUUCUUGCUGAAGGGCUGGGUUUCAUACUGCCCUUGAUAACCAUGGUCUACUCUUCUAGUCGGGUCUUUUGGACCUUGGCCCGGCCCAGUACCACCAGGAAUGAACGCCGUAGGAAAACGGUACACCUUCUACUGGCUAACCUGGUCAUUUUCCUCCUGUGUUUUGUGCCCUACAAUACCACCCUGGCUGUUUAUGGACUACUUCGGGGAAAGCUGGUAGAUGCCAGCUCUGAUGCCCGGAACAGGGUGCGCCAGGUGUUGGUGGUGUUGCUAGUGUUGGCUAGUGCCAACUGCGUCUUAGAUCCCCUUGUAUACUAUUUCAGUGCGGAGGGCUUCCGAAAUACCCUUCGAAGCCUGAGAACUACACGAUGGGUAAAAGUUAGAGCUGCCAACGGGCCUCGAGGAUUACGUGGGCAUCGGGAAAGUGGUACAGCCUCCACUAAUCUUGAGGAUGCCUCUCACAGUGAGCUGCUUUCACAUACACCUCUGGAAGUCAUUCAGUCAGUCCAUCAAGGAUUCAACCACCUGAGCACAGACACUGGCUAACCUUCUCCCUUCAGCUCCCUUCUCAUCCCCAUUAUGAGACUGCAAAUGAGCAAGGCAGUGUGGGGAAGGGAUCAGGUACCCAGACUCAGGUUUCAACCUUAGCCCUUAUUUCCAGGAACAAACAAAGUAUAAGUAUAAAGAAGAAGGAGUGCUAUGGAACCAUCUUUCUGGAAGAAGAGGAGAAAUCCUUCCCUCCUUCCGAUGCCCAAGUUCUAAAUUUGGCCCACUUGAAGUUACCCAGUUGAACAACCUGCUGAAAAGUCUCCUCACUAGAAUUUUUUCUAGGCAUCAUGAUAUACAGCUGGAGCACUGUAUUUAUCAUCAGAUGACUUAGGGUCAAAUCCUAUUUCUGUCACUACCUAUGUGACUCUUGGGGUCUCAGAUUCCUCGUUUGUUAAAUGAAGAGUGGAGAGGGGGCUCUUUUACAAUUCUUACCAGAUCUAAAUCUAUGAUUCUCACACCUUAAUCUUGAGAUCUUAUCAGGAAAAAAAAUCUGAAGAAGGAAGAUAAAGUCUCAACUAUGAUACUUACAUGAAGGGACUAGUCUUAUCUGACCCACAGCUUCCUUGUUUUGCUCUGGAUACCAUUACAUUUUUUCUACAACUAACGUGCCUGAAAUAACCUUUCUGUGUGUCCAUCUCCAUCCCUGCCCCUAAUUCCACCUUCACUUUCGUAUUAACACAGCCCUUUAUGCAUAUAUGCAU